UAGAGAACAAGUAAAAUAAAAACAGCACUGACAACAAUAUACAAUUAAAGUAAAUAUGUAGAAUUUAUUUUUGAACCAAAACAUAUUUUAAGAGUAUUUAUUUAAAAAAAAUAAUUUUUAAAAAUGUCUCGACAUCGUAAUAUACGUUCAAUGAACUAUUCUGAAGAAUGUGAUGGAUAUGAUGAUGUUUAUGGACAUUCGGUUGAAGAUGAUUAUUGUAUUUCACCAAGUGAUGCAGCUCAAUUUAUGUAUAACAGAGAAGGCAGAAAUCGUAGUAUGGGCGCAUUUUUUAAUACAGAAGGGACUAUAGCUGAAGGUGAUGAAAAUGAAACACCACGACCAAAAGAGAAUGCUGAGGGUGAUAUUGAUAAAGCUAAAUUGGAAUCAUGUGUGGAAAGUAUUAAAAAAGUGGUUGGUGAUUCUGUAUCCCAUAAAACUCUGGUUGACACGAUAAUUAAUUAUAAUUUUAAUACGGAAAAAGCUUUGGACAGUCUUCUAACACAUAUGACUGAUAAGAAUCUUUCAACGAAAACAUCUAAAGAUAUUGUCACAGUAGAAGUACCAGUCAGAAGUGUGAAGAUUGUACCGCAAACAUUAAAUGUAACAAAAGGAUUUGAACUUCCUCGACCUGAUAAAGAUGUUUCCCGGCCAAAUGCAUUAACACCAAGAUCUCAAUCGCCAGCAUCUGGUACCGCAACACCUUUAGAAGGUCGUGCAACACCAGAUAUUCAAAAAACAAAGGACUCCAAAAUCGAUCCCUUAGCUUUGUAUCAAAAAGAAAGGGAAGGUGAAAAAAGUCAUUUAUAUAUGAUUAUAAUUGGACAUGUCGAUGCUGGAAAAUCAACGCUUAUGGGUCAUUUAUUAUACGAUCUUGGACAAAUCAAUCAACGCACAAUGCAUAAGUAUGAAACAGAAAGUCGUAAGUUGGGAAAACAAAGUUUUUUAUACGCUUGGGUAUUGGAUGAAACUGGUGAAGAACGUGAACGAGGAAUUACGAUGGAUAUUGGACGAUCGCAAUUCGAAACGAAAACAAAGAAAAUAACGUUAUUAGAUGCUCCUGGGCAUAAAGAUUUUAUUCCUAACAUGAUAUCCGGUGCUGGUCAAGCGGAUGUUGCAUUGUUAGUUGUCGAUGCAACAAAGGGAGAAUUUGAGACUGGUUUUGAUUUAGGUGGACAAACAAGAGAACAUGCUCUAUUAGUUCGAUCUUUGGGAGUUGGUCAAUUAGCUGUGGCUAUUAAUAAAUUUGAUAAUGUUGAUUGGGACAAAAAGAGAUUUGAUGAAAUUAAAAAUAGUUUAGGAUCAUUUUUACGUCAAGCUGGAUUUCGAGAUAAAGAUGUUACCUAUGUGCCAGUUAGUGGUUUAACUGGACAAAAUUUAGUUGGACCUCCAACCGAAAAUGCUCUUUUACAAUGGUACAAUGGACCUUGUUUACUUGAUGUCAUAGACAAAUUCAGUGUACCUGAACGAGCAGUUUCGAAGCCAUUUCGAUUUUCUAUCCACGAUAUUUAUAAGGGAACUGGUGCUGGAUUAUGCGUUUCCGGACGAAUUGAGACUGGCGUAUUAAAUGUUGGUGAUCGAGUAUUGUUAUGCCCUGUAAAAGAAGGUGCUACUGUACGUAAUAUUACUCUUGAUGAAGUUCCCAUGCAGACAGCGUUUGCUGGUGAUCAAGUGUCCAUCACUUUAACUGGAAUCGACAUACAAAACAUUACAAUUGGAUGUAUUCUUUCAACGCCAAUUUCACCAGUACCUGUCGUUCAGAAAUUCGAAGCUCGUAUUGUUGUUUUCAAUGUUAAAACUCCACUGACACGAGGAUAUCCGGUGCUCCUACAUCAUCAAUCUUUAAUUGAAGCUGCCAAUAUUACAAAAAUCAAAGCACAAUUACACAAAAGUACGGGUGAAGUUAUUAAGAAAAAACCACGUUGUUUGGGAAGCUAUUCGAAUGCCAUUGUUGAGAUCGUUGUAAAUAAACCCAUUUGUAUUGAAUUGUUUCGUGAUGUGAAAGAAUUGGGACGGUUUAUGCUACGUGUUGCUGGUACUACAGUAGCAGCUGGACUUGUUACUGAACUACUUGAAUAAAAUUGAUUAUAUUUUAAAAUAAAAUUACUCAAAUUAUA